AAAAAAACCUGGUUGGUAAAUGAUAGUGUUUUCUUCGAAAAUAAAGCGAGUACGAAUUACGAAAGGUAUUUUAUAUUUUUAAUAAAAUUCUUUCAAAGGACCCAUUUUACUACUACUUGUAUCAAAAUCGAAAUGUUUAGAACAACUUUUGAAUAACUAAAAGUUUAUAAUGAAUUCUAUGUUUUGUUUAAUACUACUUUACUUAACUUCGACCAAAUUUCAUACUGCCGGCGAUCCAAUAAUAAAUAGUACUGACACAAUCAUCAUCAAGAGAUCCCCAAUUUUAGAUAAUUUACUAAUAGAAAAUCCAGAUUGUCAGGAUUUAAAGUCAGUUUGCUCAUUUUUAAAAUUUCAAGAUGAUUUAUCAAUUUUAGUAGAUUGCAUACAAACAAUGCCGUCAUCCAAAGUUGAGUAUUUAGAUGAUAAGUGUCAGCACGUAAUUUUCGAAGCAACAAGAAAUAUUCUUAAAGAUAGCCAAGUUAAAAAAAUAACCGACAAACCUUGCAGCAGACACAAAGAUAAAUUUAAUGAUUGUCAACCAAAAGGAAACCAAAUUGGAUAUUAUUUAUCUUGUCUUGUAGAAAAAGUGGAUAAUUUUAAUGAUAUAUCUAUAUGUCGUGACAUAAUUCAAAAACUUGAAUCUAUAGCAUUCACUGAUUAUCGUUUAGUAACAAAUUUUAUUAAAGAUUGUGGCACAGAAAUUUCAAAUCACAAAUGUGGGAGAAUCAGUUUAGAAGAAGGAAAAGUAUCACAGGGAGAAACAAUAGCAUGCAUGCAAGAAAAAAUUAACGAACUUAGUUCGGAUUGUCAAAAACGAAUAUUGAAAUUAUCUGAAUUACAAGCGUCCAAUUUUAAAUUAGAUCAUCAAUUUUUUAUUUCAUGUGAGAAAGAUUACCAAAGAUUUUGCCCUAAUGAUAGACCUGGUAGUGGAGAAAUUUUGAAAUGCUUAAUAAAACAAAAAAAUAAUCCAGAAUUGAGUGUCAAGUGUCGAGAACAAGUAAUGAGAAGAGAUAAAUUAUUGGCUCACGAUUAUCGCUUAAGCAAAGGUCUGGCUAAAAAGUGUAAAGAUGACAUAAAAAAUAAUCACUGUCGACGUAAUGUGUCUGAAGACAAAAGUAUUAGAUUAGCACAAAUACUUCUUUGCUUAGAAUCGGUUAUUAAAAAUGGUACAAAAGUUGCUGAAGAAUGUCGAUCUGAAAUAGAUGAUCACAGGAGAAUGCUUAUGAUGGACUACCAAUUGUCACCAGAAAUUCUAUCAGGGUGUUCUGAUGAUAUACCCAAAUUUUGUGGUGAAAUUGAAGUUCAAAAUUCUGCUGGAGGAGAAAUAAUCCACUGUUUGAUGGAGCAUGCACGUUCAAAGAGAAAAAGAGAUCGACAUGUUUCUUUUACUUGUAUGAGAGCUAUUGAAGAUCUUAUUAAAGUUUCUGACGUAGGUGAAGAUUGGCGUGUUGAUCCUGUGCUUCGUAGAAACUGCAAGUCGGUCGUCGAUAUAGCAUGUCGCGACACAGAUGGUGGGGAUGCUCGUGUGAUGUCAUGUUUGAUGAACAAUAUAGGAUCUCAAGUUAUGACGAACAAUUGUGAGCAGUCUUUACUUCUUAUUCAAUAUUUUGUGGCAAGAGAUUUUAAAUUAGAUCCUCAACUCUAUAGACUUUGUAGAGACGAUGCCAUAAAAUAUUGUCAUGCGAAAAAAGAUUGGGAUGGCGACGGUGAAGGAGGGCAAAUGGAUCCAGAGAGAGGACCUUUAGUUCUUCCAUGCUUGCAUAGAAUCGCUUAUAGCGAAGUUACUGGAGAGCAACUGAGACCCAUAUGUUUACAACAAGUUAGAAGAGUAAUGCGCCAGAGAGCCAUUUCGGUAGAGCUUAUACCAGAAGUUGAAGACAAAUGUUUGGAUGAUUUGGCUGCACUUUGCUCCGAUAAAACAAAAAAAGGUGAAGAAAUGCAAUGUUUACAAGAUAACUUAGAGAAAUUACAACCAGAAUGUCGAAAAGCCGUGACAAAAUACACAGAAGAAGAAGCGGGGCAUAUUGAAUUAAAUCCAAUAAUAAUGAAUGUAUGCCAAGAGGCAAUGAAAAAUCAUUGUGAUCACAUUCUAAAAAAAGGCAAUGAACAAGGUGAUAUGAUGGAAUGCUUGAUUUCGCAUAAAAAUGAUCCAGAUCUAAGACAAGAUUUAAAGUGUCGAGCAGCUAUAGAACAUUUCCAAAUUAUAUCAUUAAAAAACUAUCAUUUCACAUACAAAUUUAAGCAAGCAUGCCAACCUCAUGUUAUACGUUUUUGUUCUUCAAGUACUACAAAGUACGAAGUCGUCGCCUGCCUAAGCGAAGUAAUGCGUAAUGACACAAUUCGGGGACAACGUCACAUUAUACCAAAAGAAUGUCGGCAACAAGUCAAAGCACAACUUUAUCAACAAAGAGAAAACUUAAUAUUUGACCCAAAAUUAAAAAGUGCUUGCAGGAGAGAAAUUUUGGAAUAUUGUCUAGAUGCUCAAGGACCUGGCCAGGCGCUUGAAUGUCUUCAAAUCAAUACACCUCAUUUAGGUUCAUCCUGUCGUCAUACCUUGUUUUCAAUUAAAAAAUCAGAACUAGAUGACAGUUCAACAGACUAUGUUCUUGUGAACACUUGUAAAGAGAUGACAUAUAAAUAUUGCCAAAACUCAGACUUGGCUAAAUUAUUAGACUGUCUUAAAAAUUUUAAGGAUGAACCCAAUUUUGAUCAAAGAUGUCACCUUGUAAUUGUAAACAGAAUGAUUGAGCAAAAUACAGAUUUUCGUUUCAACCCAACAUUGCAAAAUGCUUGCGGUAAAAAUAUUGAUCAGUUUUGUUCUCAUAUAGUAAGUGAAGCCAAACCAAACGAAGAGUUGAAUGGAAAGGUUAUAAAUUGCCUUAAACAAAAAUUCCGUGAGGCAAAACUAGAACGCCAGUGUCAGCAAAAAAUGAUUGAAAUAUUACAAGAACAAGCGCUUAAUUAUAAGUUAAACCCAUUAUUACAAAACUUUUGUAAAUCCGAAAUAAAAGUUCUUUGUAAAAUCAAUUCAAAUGAUAAUGAUGAACAAGGUGAAGUUGAAGAAUGUUUGAAAAAUGCUUUCCUUCAACAAAAAAUUAUUAAUCAAGACUGCCGUAUAGAGGUAGCAAAUUUGAUUUCUGAAAGUAAAGCCGAUAUUCACGUAGAUCCCUUGUUACAUAGAGCAUGCACGGUGGAUUUGUUAAAAUAUUGCUCUAAUGUAAAAAGCGGAGAUGGUAGACAGCUAAAAUGUCUACAAAUUAUUUUACAAGAUGAAUCAAAAGCAAUGGAGGAGGAUUGUCGAAAUAAGCUACGGAAGAGAAUGGAAAUGUUUCGAAAUGCAGAAAAUACACUUCAAAUGCCACCAGAAAAUAUGGAGCAACUUAUGAAUCAAGUCGUAACGUCUCCAGCGAAAAAAUUUUUCUUGGUCGUCUUGUUAUCAUUUGUUGGUAUGAUAUUUAUUUUGGGAAUGUUUAUGGGGCGGAUUACUAAAAAAGCAUAUAUAUCAAAAAGCAAAUAGAAUUUUAAAAUAGAUAUUAGAGAAAAUACAAUAUUAGAACUAAUUAAAAUUUAACAGAUUUAAUUUUUGUUUCGAAAGAAAAAUUUUUCAGGAUUCGGUAUAAAAAGCAUUACAUCUUAAAAAAUUGUCAUAGUUGCUUACAAAAACAAUUUUUUAGUUAGUUUUCUAUUUUACAAGACAUUUAAAAAUUACAUAUAUUUUAUAUAAAUAUGUAUGUGUUUGAUGUACAUACUUACAUAUAUACGUAUAAAAUAAAAUUUAAAUCCAAUAAAUAUUUUAUAAGUU